ACUGAGAGUGCUGGCACUGGGGACACUGAGCGGCUGUGCUGGGGACACUGGGGGUGCUGGCACUGUGGACAUUGGGGACACCAGGGACACCGAGCGGCUGUGCUGGGGACACUGAGAGUGUUGGCACUGGGGACACCGAGGGUGCUGGCACUGGGGACACUGAGGGUGCUGGCACUGGGGACACCUGAGGGUGCUGGCACUGUGGACACGCCUACGCGGUCUGUCGCUGUCGCUGUCCCUGUCGCUGUCGCUGUCGCUGUCCCCGUCCUGUCGGUGCCAGUCGCGCGUGUCGCGCAGCUCCGCCGCGAUGCCGGCGGCCGCCCCCGCCUCGCUCGCGGCCAUGCAGCAGGUCCUGGAUAACCUGAUGGGGCUCCCGGGGAGCCCGGGGGUGGCCGACCUCGACCUCAUCUUCCUCCGUGGCAUCAUGGAGAGCCCCAUCGUGCGCUCCUGGCCAAGACCCCCUGCGCACGAGCGGCUGGAGGAGCGCAAGCUGGAGGCGGUGCGCGGGGACAACCUGGCGCUGGUGCAGGAGAUCCUGCGGGACAUCGGGCGCCUGGCUCGGCCCGACGCGCGGGCGGCGGCGGCGGAGCUGGCCCGGAUCCUGCGGGAGCCGCACUUCCAGUCGCUGCUGGAGACCCACGACUCGGUGGCUGCCAAGAGUUACGACCCUCCGCCGAGCAGCCCCGGCCCGGAGGCGUCCCUGGGGUCGCAGCCCGUGCCCCCCGACGCCGUGCGCAUGGUGGGCAUCCGGAAAGCGGCCGGGGAGAACCUGGGGGUGACGUUCCGGGUGGAGCGGGGGGAGCUGGUGAUCGCCCGCAUCCUGCACGGGGGGAUGGUGGCGCAGCAGGGGCUGCUGCACGUGGGGGACGUGAUCCGCGAGGUGAACGGGCGAGAGGUGGGCAGCGACCCGCGGGCGCUGCAGGACAGCCUGCGCCACGCCAGCGGCAGCGUCGUGCUCAAGAUCCUGCCCAGCUACCAGGAGCCGCACCCGCCCCGCCAGGUGUUUGUCAAGUGUCACCUCGACUACGACCCGGCCACCGACAGCCUGAUCCCCUGCAAGGAGGCCGGGCUCAAGUUCAUGGCCGGGGACCUGCUGCAGAUCGUCAACCAGGAUGACCCCAACUGGUGGCAGGCGUGCCACGUGGAGGGCGGCAGCGCGGGGCUGGUGCCCAGCCAGCUGCUGGAGGAGAAGCGCAAGGCCUUCGUCAAGAGGGACGGGGAGGUGGCGCCCACGUCGGGGGCCCUGUGCGGCAGCCUCAGCCUGGAAGAGGAAGAAGAGGAUGAUGUACCUGACGAACGAAGAACGCCGGUGAGAGCCCCCGGGCGCUGC